AUGCUCAGCCCGAAAAUGCAGAGAUCAGUGAGAGUAAACGAGAAUCAACUUAUAAUGUUAUCAGAUAAAGCUCAAUAUGACCACAGCAUGAAAGCACAAUUCAAAGGACAGAUGAGAUACAUAAAAUCCAAAAAUAUCCCAAAAAGCUCUUCAAGAGUAAUUACAAAAGAAACAUCGUCACGACCUAAUGUUACUAUGGAUAUUUUUUGUUGA